AUGCCGAAAACUGUGCCAAUCCCCUUCUCCGAGCCUCCCUGGCUCAUGGGCAUGCCGUCAGCGUAUUACAACAACUCGCACCGGAAAUGGCAGAAGACAUGUCGCGCGCUCGUUGACGAGCUCCUGAUGCCCGAGGCUGGUGAAUGGGAAAAGGCAGGAGAUGUUCCAGAGGAUUUGUAUAGUAGAUUCGCCGCAGCAAACUUCCUAAUUCCCAACCUCUCCGCGCCAUUACCUGUGGAAUGGCUUCACAAGCUAGGCAUUCACACACUACCGGGCGGCCUAAAGGUAGAGGAUUUUGACUACCUACAUACCUUGAUAUAUGUAGAUGAAAUGUCGAGGACAGGCUCCCUUGGGCCUUCAGGUGCUAUUACUACAGGCGUCGCAUUUGGUCUCCCUCCCAUAUUGAAAUUUGGAAAUAAACAAUUGCAAGAAAGGUUUGUGCCAGAUAUUAUCACGGGGAAGAAGCGGAUCUGCAUUGCUAUUACGGAACCGGGCGCUGGGAGCGAUGUCUCGAAUAUUUCCACAACGGCUGUGAGAUCUGAUGAUGGCAAGAAUUUUAUUGUCAAUGGAACGAAGAAAUGGAUCACCAACGGCCUCUGGUCUGACUACGCCAGUAUGGCCGUAAGAACUGGCGGCCCUGGCCCCUCCGGCCUCUCGAUGCUCGUAGUCCCGCUCCUCAAUACACCUGGCGUUAACAUGCGACGUAUCAGAGUUGGAGGCCAAUCCUCCGCCGGAACUACAUUCAUCGAGUUGGACGACGUCAAAGUGCCCGUUUCCAACCUUAUUGGGAACGAAGGACAUGGCAUGAAAUACGUUAUGCAGAACUUCAACCACGAGCGGCUUACCAUUUCCAUUUCUGUUAGCCGACUCUCUCGUGUUGCAUUGAGCUCUGCAUUUGAGUAUUGUUUGAAGAGGGAGGCGUUUGGAAAGACGUUGAUGGAACAGCCUGUUGUUAGGCACAGGCUUGCAAAAUGUGGUGCUGACUUGGAGGCCCACUGGGCUUGGAUUGAGCAGUUCACAUACUGCAUGACGAAACUUAGCGAAGAAGAGGCGAAUAGAGAAUUGGGCGGUUUGACAGCGUUAGCAAAGGCCCAGGCUGGGAGGGUUUUGGAGGUUUGUGCUAGCACCGCUGUUCUGCUCUUCGGGGGGAAUGGUUAUACGAAGUCCGGACAGGGUGAAAUAGCGGAGAGGAUAUACCGGGAAGUCCCAGGUGUUCGGAUUCCAGGAGGAAGUGAAGAUGUGAUGCUCGAUCUCGCUGUUCGCCAAUUGGUCAAGAACUUCCAGCGAAAAACCAAAGAAUUGGAAACAUCCAUGGGAGGAUCAACUGGGUCGUCAAAAUUGUAA